UAGGCAUCGGCAGUAGACCUACAUCUUCUGGACCAAUUAGCAUACCAACAGUGAUUAGGCCAAGGUGGUGAUCCAAUUCCAUGGAAGAGCAGCAAGAAAGGAGGAACGUUGGAGAGAGAGAACUAGAAGGCGGCCAACCAAGCAGGAACAAUGGCCAAACUGGCCUCGAGCCUGAGGAGCAUAGGAUUAACAUUGUUGAAAUCAGUCAUAGGGAUUGGAUUGAGUCUCUCAGAACGGCAGAAGAAAGCACUCAAUCUCAAAGUCAAUGGCCAAGGAUACCAAAGGUUCCUCAGAUGCUGAGGGGGACCCAGGAUUUCAAGAAAUUCUACGAACCGAGGUUAAUUUCAAUCGGUCCUUACCACCAUGGCAAGCCCGAUCUUCACGAAGGGGAAAUGAUCAAGCGUCUAUGUGCCAAAAAAUUCCUUGCUGAUAGUAACCAGGACAUCGAAGCCUUGUACACAAAAAUUGAAAGUAAUAUUGAGGCUGUGAGGACGUGCUAUGAUAAUAUACAACCGAACGAGUAUGAUGAUGAGGCACUCGCCCGAAUGAUGCUUCUGGAUGGGUGUUUUUUACUAGAAUUCGUCUGCGGGAAAGAUAGGAAAAAAGUUCUUAGAAGUCACCAAAUAAAUUUUGCGGAGCCGGACUUGUUCCUGCUGGAGAACCAACUUCCCUUUGGAGUCCUCAAGUUGAUUUUUGAAGGAGCAAAUUUGGAGGGACCAGUGAAAAAGGAGAUGAAAAAAUUCGUCAUUAGAACCAUGGAGCUGGAAGAGGACGAAGAGGACGAAGAGCCCUCUCAUCUCCUCGCCCUUUUGCGAAGUGCUCUCGUAGGCAAGAGUGAGCCCAAACAAGAGCGGCAACCUGAUAAAAAAGGAAAGUCGUCGUCGUCUUCAGGAGGAGAUGGGCGGUUCUGUUGCCCAAGGAAAAAAGGCAAACAACGAGGCAUUCGGCAGUCUUUUCGAAACAUCAAGGAGCUUAAAGCUGCCGGGAUCCAUCUCCGAAAGAGUAGAACGAGUUUCUUGAGAGACAUUUCUUUCAAUUCCUACUACUUCCGUGGCUACCUGAAUCUUCCCCCAAUAAUCGUUGAUGACUCCACGAAGUCCAGGUUCUUGAACAUUGUAGCCUAUGAAAUGUGUCCAGAUGCCCCUGAUGACUAUCGGGUCACUUCUUAUUUACGCUUCCUUUAUGGGCUCAUUGAUCAUGCGGACGAUGUCAAGGAGCUGAGAUCUAAGCACAUUCUCGUCAACCGUCUUGGCAGGGAUGAAGAUGUGGCCCGAAUUUUCAACGAGAUCGCCAACGACGUGGUAGAUACCGGAGUUUAUGGAGAUGUGGAAACUAGUCUUCAGAAAGACUACGACAAGAGGGUGAAUACUUGGAUAGCAGCCAUUAACGGAUUGGCACAGCUUUUAGAUAUUGCUUUUGGAGGAGCUAUCAAGAGGCGACACCGGGAGGACGAUAUGCAGGGGGUGUUCAGAGUCUGUUAGAGGGGGAGCGUCUCCUGCAGGUGGAGAGGUUUUUUUCAGGAGGGAUUUUUGAAAAAAGAAAGAGAAAAAAAGGCUGGGAGAAAAGGAGAGGAGAAGGGGAUUCAGGGGAGCUAGAGUGAGUUUUUGAGAGAGAUUUGGGAGGCAAGUUUGAGGCGAGCGAGCAAAGGGGCAGAGCUGUGUGUUUGGAGAGUAGAAGAGGUGCUGCCGUCUCAUUAGUUUUGUUGAUUUUAAAGGGGAACUUGAGGUGUUUGUAGCUGAACAGAGCUUUACCGGAAAAGGUUUCUCUCAGGUAUGAAUGCAGCUGAUUUCUUGUUUGGUUUGGAUUCUUAUUAUUCCUCUGCAUUUCUUGUUGA